AUGAUGGAUCGUGAACGGGAAGAAGCAAGAGAAUUUCGAAAAGAGAGGUUGACUUGGAUGAAGCAACGGGAUCCUGAGUUUUUAUCCAACAUUAACAGUUUUCCAAAUUCGAUCGUGACGUUACUAGAACCGGUGGUUGAUGAUGCUCCUAGGGAUACGUCUUCUGGAAUUCCAGAUUCCUCAUGUACUUCUCCGGUAACCCAUGUUCCUAUGAUUGAGGGUUUUGUGUGUUUCUCCGGUGGCAAUUCCACUCCGAAUACAUCAGAAGAGGUGGAGAGUUUUCCAAGGGCGGUAAAGCAAAAGAAAUUAGUAGAGUUAAAUGGCUCUGAUACUUUUCUAGUCACUACUGAACUGAUUCAGAACACGAAUCUCCACUUCGAGAUUAAUGGUACUUCUCCUAACUCUCUUCUUCGUCAUCUCCAAUUAAGCAUAACAGGGUCUAGGAAACAUGGGUGGAAUUCGACAUCUCCAUUGGAUUUGGUUGACGACGGUCAUGACUGCCGCGACACAGAGUCGGAACGGGAUUCCAAAACACCACCGACAUUUUUGACACCACCAUCAUUACCGCCAUCUCCACCUCCAUGGUUCGAGAAUAGUGUCAAGGGUCAAGGUUUCUAUGGGAUCGUGUCAAAUUUUGGAGUUCUUGGCGGUAAAUCAGACUCCAAGAGUGGCAAACAGCUUUGGGGGAAAGCCGCCACCAAGAAGGAAAACCCACCACCAAGUCUUCUACAUAAUCGUGAGGUCAGGCUGACCGUAAGCAAGCAGGUACCCAGCUUUCAUCGGUAUCGAAAUGACACCGUUUCAAGAACCCCCAAUGUCAUGUCAGGCAAGAAUCCAGCUUACAACCAUAUGACGGAGGCAUGUGGAGUGAUCGGUGGGGAAGCUGCUACGUACAUAGCGGCUUUUGGUCAAGUGUAUAUGGGUAUGAAUCUCUCCGGUUUGUCGGCCUAUCUUCUUUCUGAGAUUGACCAGCCAGCUAGGUUGGUUUGGCUAUUCUUUUCUAUUGAAAAGGAGUCAGCUGUCUGCGCGAUUCAUCUUCUUCAUCUUCUUCUAGGCUCCGUUGGACGACACGGCAUUCUCGUUUCAAUAAAUAGAUGUCGACCGUACUUGUGA